AUGGAAAAAGGUACCGAAAUUUUAAACGGACACUUUUAUUUUAAACAUCUUCAACAAGGAGUAGAUAGAACUAAAGCUAUUUGUAAACACUGCAAAGCGGAAUUUUCUUAUCAUCGGAGUACUUCAAGCUUGAAGUAUCACUUAAAUGCAAUGCACACCGUUGAUGCUAACAAAUCAUCCACCCAAACAAACAGUGGAGGAAACCUUCGGCAGACUACGUUAGAUGCAGCACGAGGGAGAACUACAGAGAAACAAAAGAAAGACAAGAUAACAAAUUCCAUUGCAAAGUGGGUAGCUACAAAUUGCAGGCCAACUGGUAUUGUGGAAGAUGUCGGUUUGAAGAAUGUUAUUCGGAUCGCAACGAAUGACUGCACGUAUGAGCCUCCGCCAAGACGCACCAUUGUAAGAAAAAUACAUGAACUGUAUGAAAACGAGAGGACUAUAAAGGCAAUGGCAUUACAACGUGCACAAACUGUUGCCCUCACCGGAGACUACUGGACAUUGCUGGGUAACCAUAAUUAUCUCGGAGUAACUGUGCAUUACAUUGAUGAACAAUGGAAACUGCAUUCACAUGCUUUGACAGUAAUGAAGACACAAGAAAGACAUUUUGCUGAAACGUGCGCAGAACAUUUCAUUCAUGUUGCACAGCAGUGGGACAUUUUAAAUAAAGUCAAUAUUGUCGCUGCUGCAAGACAUCUGCCUUUUGAACGCGUCCCUUGUGUCGCUCACAGUCUUCAGCGUUCUGUCACAGUAUCUUUGCACAACAGCGCGUUUGACAAUGCCCUGGCUAAAUGCAGAAAGGUGGUGGGCCAUUUUAAACACAGUCCAGCAAGUGCUGCAGAAUUAGAAAAAAAAACAAAUUGA